ACGAGACAAACGAGACACACACACCAUCAAUUCACAACUCAAGAUCCUUAACGUAUCCAUAGCGAGAGAGAUGGAUUUUUUUUCUCUAGAUUCUGUUUUCCAAGAAGAAGGAGAAAAUUUCUGGGAUAUGAUCGCCGGUGACGUCUCCGGCGAUGGUGACGGUGACAAAACCGUAGGUGUACCAAACAGAAGCGCCUUCAGGUCAUACGUGAGGGACCAUGAACAGAGGAGGGUAUCGUCUUCAUCGACGGUGAACGUGAAGAGGAGAAUGGUGAAUCUUCUGAGAAAAAAUUGGGAGGAGAAGAAAAUUGUAGCAGUGCCGGGGAAGGAGAGAUGCCGGCGACAUAUGAUGAAAGAGAGAACGAGAAGAGAGAAACAAAAACAGAGUUACUUAGCUCUCCAAUCUCUAUUACCUGCCACUAAGAGUGAUAAAAAUUCGAUUGUUGAAAAGGCCGUUGAUCAGAUUAGGAAACUAGAAGGAUUAAAGAAAGAACUAGAGAGAAAAAUGAAUGUGUUGGAGGCAAAAUCAGCACGGGAUCAUGAUGAAAUGAAUGGAAAAAAGGUUAGGUUUAAUGUACAAGAACCUUUGUCGGGGAUCGAUUCAGUUGUAGAAGUUCUUCAGUGUCUUAAAUCAAUGGGGACAAAUCUCAAUACGGUCCAAGCCAAUUUCUCUCCACACGAGUUCUCAGCGACCAUGAACAUCGAGACUCAGAUAAGAGGAGAAGAGGUGGAAAAAAGAGUACAGAAAAGACUCCAGGAAACUGAAUGGAAACUCCUUUUGUUUUGACUUUCUUUUGUUCAUUCUCGUUCUUCUUAAUUUGGUAGAUGAUCAAUAAAAAUUGGCACUGCUUUGUUGACAAAACACGUAAGCAUAUAUGAAUCAGUCUGAAUCAGUGGGCCAUACUUUCUUUUUCCACAAAAUGAAAUAAGUAAAUGGCCAUCUAUUAUGUAAUUGAAAUGUUAAUAAUUGUAUACAAAAUAUAGGUAGUA